UUCUUGGACGAUGAAGAGGCGCCCUGGGAUCUCGGGAUUGCAUUCCGCGGCUGCAGCUAGGGAUCAGUAUCGAUCUGUUGGCGAGAAUGUGGCGAGAAUCCGGACAGAUCUUCUCAAAGAUCAGCUGGCGACGUUUAGGACGCAGCUAGAAGAAUUUGCGCGCAAGCACAAGCAUGAUAUCAAGAAGAAUCCAGCGUUCCGGGCUCAGUUCCAUGAGAUGUGUUCCAAAGUCGGGGUCGAUCCUUUAGCGUCCAACAAAGGCUUCUGGGCCGAGCUUCUAGGAAUUGGAGAUUUUUACUACGAAAUUGGUGUCCAGAUUGUAGAGAUCUGCCUUGCGACUCGAUCUCACAAUGGAGGACUAAUUGAUCUCAACGAGCUCUGCUCGAUGCUAUCCAAGAAGAGACGAACGUCCCGGGAGCCGAUCACUACCGAUGAUUGUCUCAAGGCGAUUGACAAGCUCAAGGUACUCGGAAGUGGCUUCGAGGUUUUCACCGUCGGCAAAAAGAAACUCGUUCGCUCUGUUCCAACCGAGCUCAACAAAGACCACAACCAAAUCUUAGAACUCGCAGAGGUCCGUGGAUUUGUUCUGGUUGAAGACGUAGAACGCGCUCUAUCGUGGCAUCCCGGUCGAGUGAUCGAUGCUUUGGAAACAUUGAUGAAGGAAGGCCUGGUGAUGAUUGACGAUGGACACCCUGAUAGGAAAAGAAGGUAUUGGUUUCCUUGUGUUAGUCUCAGUUCUAGCAAUGCGGAAGAACUCUAGAAAGAUCGAAGCUGUGAAUACAGUCCCGCCAUUCUUUGGCUUUCUCCUUUCCUUUCGCGGCCUUCCAGUUGGCGAUCCUUCUUCUGGAAGGAGUCUACCUGAUGUCUGGAACGAUCAUCAGGUUUUACGUUGCUUAUUUCCUUGCAGACGCUGCUCAGGUGCGCUUGGUGUGAUGCAACUUUCUGCCCGAUCAUCUACCCAGCAAUACAAGAGUUUUUUCAACAAAGUGAACUCUUGCCCCAGUUUUUCAAGCGACAGGGCCACUAUGCCGACGCUGUAGUGUCGUACAGAGAAGCACUGCGAGCCGGCUCGAAAACGCUGUGCUCCUGGCUGGCAACUUGGCGUGGCCUUAUACGGUGGUAUCGAAGCAGCGCCUUGUCUGAAGCAAAAACGUUAAAGAGGCCAUCUUGGUGCUGAUAGAUGCUGCCAAGAAAUCCAUGGUCGCCAGGAUGACGAGGUGCCUGGAAGUUCUGCUUUGCUCUAGCGACGUGCAGGCAUUUGGAAGAGUGUGCUUCCGGCGAUCAUCAAGACGCUCAAGGUGGCCAUGAAGAGCGCUACAAAGUUUCUUGAAGCAAGCGGAUAGAGGUUCCUAAGCGAGUUGCAGACGAGCAUCCCGGAGCUGAAUAGUCGACGCCGCCAUAGAUUGUAACGAGUGUUUGUAAAAGGCCAAGUUUUUGGACGUGGUACUUGAGCUUUGCAACUCUCCUAAAUUUCUCA